UUCCUUGCAACCAAACAGAGCAUGCCAAUCUAUUAAUUUAAUUUCGACAUCGCCGAUCUCUUCGUGUGGCAUUAUUCGGUUUUGGAUGUAGGAUCGUUUCAUUUUCGUUCUAGAUUUGUGAGGUUUUGUUUGGCGAUCUCUCGAUUGUGGAUCGGUUAAUACGUCUCUAUAGCUGGAAUUAGAAAAUGGCUGAUGCCGAGGAUAUUCAACCACUCGUCUGUGACAAUGGAACAGGAAUGGUUAAGGCUGGAUUUGCUGGAGAUGAUGCUCCAAGGGCAGUCUUUCCUAGCAUUGUCGGCCGCCCACGUCACACUGGUGUGAUGGUUGGAAUGGGCCAAAAGGAUGCAUAUGUCGGAGAUGAGGCUCAGUCUAAACGUGGUAUCUUGACUCUGAAAUACCCCAUUGAGCAUGGUAUUGUGAGCAAUUGGGAUGAUAUGGAGAAGAUUUGGCAUCACACGUUCUACAAUGAACUUCGUGUGGCCCCAGAAGAACAUCCAGUUCUGCUCACUGAAGCACCUCUGAACCCAAAGGCUAAUCGGGAGAAAAUGACCCAAAUCAUGUUUGAGACAUUCAACGCUCCUGCUAUGUAUGUCGCCAUCCAGGCUGUUCUUUCCCUCUACGCCAGUGGUCGUACAACUGGUAUUGUUCUCGACUCUGGAGAUGGUGUCAGUCACACUGUCCCCAUUUAUGAGGGAUAUGCUCUUCCCCAUGCCAUCCUCCGUCUUGACUUAGCAGGUCGUGACCUCACCGACGCCCUUAUGAAAAUUUUGACCGAGCGUGGCUAUUCCUUCACCACCACAGCUGAGCGAGAAAUUGUCAGGGAUAUGAAGGAGAAGCUUGCAUACAUUGCCCUUGAUUAUGAACAGGAGCUUGAGACUUCCAAGACAAGUUCUUCUGUUGAGAAGAGCUAUGAGUUGCCUGAUGGGCAGGUGAUCACCAUUGGUGCUGAGCGCUUCCGCUGCCCAGAAGUACUCUUCCAGCCAUCCAUGAUUGGAAUGGAAGCUGCAGGCAUUCACGAGACCACAUACAACUCUAUCAUGAAGUGUGAUGUCGAUAUUAGGAAAGAUUUGUAUGGAAACAUUGUCCUCAGUGGUGGUUCUACCAUGUUCCCUGGCAUUGCUGACAGAAUGAGCAGGGAAAUCACAGCUUUGGCACCUAGCAGCAUGAAAAUCAAGGUUGUUGCUCCACCCGAGAGGAAGUACAGUGUCUGGAUUGGUGGAUCCAUCCUUGCUUCUCUUAGCACUUUCCAGCAGAUGUGGAUUGCCAAGGCUGAGUAUGAUGAAUCUGGCCCAUCAAUUGUACACAGGAAGUGUUUCUAAUUCUGUGGGAUGGGAUCGCUAGAAGCGUGAUUUCCAGUCUGUUUCAGAUAGCAAUUGCAGCUCGCAAGUAUUUACUCUUACCUUUGCUUCUCUCAAAAUUUUCUGUGUCCAGUGUUGUUGAAACAAUGAACUACGAGACGUGGAGGUUAUGGCCGAGAGUUGAACUCUUUAGCUGUUAUUUUCUGUAUUAACCGUUGAACAGUGUUAGUUCAAUGCUAAAAGCCUCUGCCAUUUAUUAAUUUUUGCUCCUCCCCACCUUUCUGAUUGAAAUUCUAAUUUGCCAUUAAAUUCUUAAGGGCCUCUCUGUUUAUUUAAUAAAUUAAUGUUUCUCUA